AUGGCUUUCUUCCUCCUCCUCCUCCUCCUCCUCCUCCUGCUCCUCCUCCUCCGCAACGUGCGCGCUCCCCGGCACGUCUCCCACCCCUUGCUAGAUUACUUGCUUUCCUUCCCAUGUCUUUUUCAUGGUGCUCAGUCCUGUCCCUGUUAUUCCCCCCGUCUGCCGAGCCGGCGGGAUAGUUCCUAUAGUCUUCCUGCCUCUCAUCACAUCCGGCUCCUUGUAUACUCCAUGAGACCGUAUCACGUUUCCAUAUGGAUAGACAUUGACCACCAGUGCCUAACAUCUGGUUUCCGUCGUUUAGCUCCCACACCUACAAAAGACUUCAAACCUCCACCAACACGAGAGCCGCGAACACGACGAUAG